CUGCUUGAGAGUCAGUUGCAGGUCUUUGUUAGAGUUUAGUGGCUUGCUUCUGGAUUCCUUUGCUCUCCUCCUCUCACAACAGGAAGACCAAGUGUCCUGAGGGCAUUUGGGUUUGAGUUUUCCUCUGAGGUGGAUCUGAGUUUUUCUCCUCCUGUCACCCCUAUCCCAACGACCUGGAUGAUCUCACACACUUUUAUAUGGACUCGGGUUUUUAAAGGAUUUCAUAUCUUCAUAACUCUGAUGCAGGAUUUAUUUUGACCAUUCAGAAAAGCAUCUGAGGAUGGAUAUCAUUUAUUUUUUCUUAAUUUUAAUUCAUGGAAUAAAUGCAGCAUCUCGCUCUGGUAAAGAUUUGUUGGCACACAUGCCAAACGUGUGUACGGAGCGAGAGGUGAAGCUGGUGGCUCAUAUGCAGCCGUGUGUCCAGGCCUUCACCCGGAUGGUUAAAGCCUGGAAGCCGGGCUGUCAGGGACACUCAUGGUGCAUGAACUAUGAGAGGAGGACGGCGUACUACACAGCAUAUAGACAAGUGUAUCGUCAGGAGUAUCAGACCGUUACCAAGUGCUGUCCAGGCUGGUCACAACUGAAUGGAGAAGCUGGAUGUCUCUACCCUGUCUGCAGUUAUGGUGUGUGUUUUAAUGGAGGUCACUGUAGAGGAGGUUCUGCUCAACUCUGUGAAUGUCCGGCCGGAUUCAGCGGUCCGAGCUGUCAGUACGACGUGAAUGAAUGUGAAGAGACAAACGGCGGCUGUGAAGCAUUGUGCUGUAACACCAUCGGCAGUUUCUACUGUAAGUGUCCUGCAGGAGAAGAGCUCAGAGAAGAUGGCAAAACAUGUCAGGAUAUUGAUGAAUGUCAGGUUCAUAAUGGAGGCUGCCAGCACAAAUGUGUUAACACCAGGGGUUCGUAUCACUGCCAAUGCAACGCUGGAUCCCGACUGCAUGUCGACGGUCGCACCUGCAUCGCUGUCCACUCGUGCAGUGUUGGAAACGGUGGUUGUGAGCAUUUGUGUGUCCAGCAGACUGCAGGUCACAUACAGUGUCGCUGUCGACAGGAUUACAAACUGGCCGCAGAUGGAAAACACUGUAAAUUGGAGAACCCGUGUGCGGUGAGGAACGGUGGAUGUUCUCAGGUGUGUCGGAGGGAGGGCGAUCAUGCCAGCUGUGCAUGUCAUCCAGGUUAUCAGCUGGCAGAGGACGGCAAGACUUGUGAAGACAUUGAUGAGUGUCAGAUGGGCCAGGCGGGUUGCGCUCAUACAUGCCACAACACCAGAGGAUCUUUCACGUGUGUGUGCCACGCUUCUUAUGAAUUGGGUGUUGAUGGCAAGCAGUGCUACCGUAUUGAGAUGGAGAUCGUAAACAGCUGUGAUCAUAACAACGGUGGCUGUACCCAUCACUGUGAACAUUCAACCAACGGACCCGUGUGCAGCUGUAACCGGGGAUAUAAGCUAGACGAUGACCGCAAGACCUGUAUCGAUAUAAACGAAUGUGGAGACGGCAGCUCUUGUUGUCAGCAGGAAUGCACAAACUAUCCUGGAGGUUAUGAAUGUUACUGUACAGCCGGGUAUCGUCUGAAUACUGAUGGAUGUAGCUGUAAUGAUAUAGAUGAAUGUCUGGCUGAAAACGGAGGCUGUGAUCACAGAUGUCAGAACAGCGCUGGAUCAUUUCAGUGUUACUGUCGACGCGGUUAUCGUCUGGAUGAAGAUCGGCGCUCAUGUGAUUCACUACAGGAAGCAGUAGAAGUUUUAAGCAGCGGUCAGGCUGUGGAAGCUCUCCGACCUCAGUUGAUGAUCCAGCAGGACUACGAGCAGAUCCUGGAGAGAUACGAUGAUUAUGAGGAAGACACCGAAGAGCUGCGAGCUGAAACCACGUUAACUGAGAAGUUCAUAUGUCUGAACGAGUCAUUCGGAUCUGACUGUAGUCUGUCCUGUGAGGAUUGUGCUAAUGGUGGAGUGUGUAACGCACACAAAAGUGGCUGUGAUUGUCCUGAUGGCUGGACUGGAAUCAUCUGUAAUCAAACGUGUCCGGCAGGUUGGUUCGGCAGAAACUGUUCAUUCAGUUGUAAGUGUAAGAAUGAUGGUGUGUGUGAUCCGGUCACAGGCAGCUGCAGAUGUCCACCGGGUGUCAGUGGAGAGCUGUGUCAGGACGGUUGUCCAAAGGGUUUCUAUGGCAAGUUUUGUAAUAAGAAAUGUAAUUGUGCUAACAACGGACGCUGUCAUCGGACAUACGGUGCGUGUCUGUGUGACCCGGGACUGUAUGGACGCUUCUGCCACCUGCCGUGUCCUCGGUGGAUGUUUGGACCGGGCUGUUCUGAGGAGUGUCGCUGUGUGCAGCAGAACACUGUAGAGUGUCAUCGUCGCCAUGGCGCCUGCAUCUGUAAGCCUGGUUACCGGGGCGACACCUGCAAAGAUGUUUGUGAAUCAGGCCUCUAUGGCUCUGGGUGUAAAAUGAAAUGUUCAUGUCCACCUGGAGUGUCGUGUGAUCAUGUGACCGGGGCGUGUCAACCCCAGUGUACAGCUGGAAAGAGGGGAGAGAAAUGUGAUGAAGAUUGUGUCGAUGGGAGAUUUGGGAUUGGCUGCUCUCAGUCAUGUGACUGCUCAGGUGCAUCAUGUGACAAGAUCACUGGCCAAUGUGUGUGCCCCGCCGGGACAUUUGGAGAACGCUGUGAGAAAGAGUGUGCUGAAGGUCAGUGGGGUCUUGACUGUCAGGAAUCGUGUCCGGUUUGUGAAAACGGAGGCGUUUGUAACAAACGUAACGGCACUUGUGUCUGUUCACCGGGAUUCAUUGGCAGACUGUGUCAGAACUCGUGUCCUGCGGGUCGGUUCGGUCAGGGUUGUCAGCUCAGAUGUUCCUGUGAUAAUGGAGUUCGAUGUGACCCCGUUAGCGGACGCUGCUCGUGUCCUGCAGGCCGGACGGGACACAACUGCAAAAAAGCUUGUGAUGUUGGUCACUGGGGUGUGGAUUGUGCGAGUGUUUGCGACUGUCAGAACGGCGAUGGAGGAUGUGAUGCACAGAACGGACGCUGUCAUUGUGAGGCGGGAUUCACGGGACCAUCAUGUGACCAAAAAUGCCCUGCUGGUUCUUUUGGACCCGGCUGUGAGCAACGCUGCCAGUGUGACAAUCAGGCAUCAUGUGAUCAUGUGAGCGGGGCUUGUGUCUGUAAGGUUGGCUGGACUGGAACUUUCUGUGAAAAGCGCUGUCCACAGGGAUUUUAUGGUCUGGAUUGUCAACAGAAGUGUUUGUGUAUGAAUGGAGCUCUAUGCAGUCACAUCACUGGUGAAUGCUCCUGUCUGCCUGGAUGGAUCGGGACACAUUGUAAUCAAACAUGUGCUGUCGGAUUCUACGGUGACCGCUGUUCUCAGAUCUGUGUGUGUCAUAAUAACAGCAGCUGUAAUGCAGUGAGCGGUCAGUGUGAAUGCAGCGCUGGCUGGACUGGAAACACCUGCUCACAACAAUGCUCUCCAGGGCUUUUUGGGUUGGGUUGUGCUCAGAGAUGUCUAUGCCAAAAUGAAGGUUUGUGUGACCCUGUGAACGGUCGCUGCGUUUGCCCGAGUGGAUGGACCGGCUCAGCCUGCGAGCGGGAAUGUCCAGCGGGUCGAUUCGGGUCGGACUGUCAGGACAGCUGUGAGUGUCAGAACGGCGGUCAGUGUGACAGACAGACGGGUCGUUGUGUUUGUCAACCGGGUUGGACCGGAGAGCUCUGUGAGAACGUGUGUAUGUCGGGGCGUUUUGGAUCCGUCUGUGAGGGCCGAUGUGAUUGCGAGCACAACGCUCCCUGUCAUCACGUGAAUGGAGAGUGUUUCUGUCCUGCUGGAUGGAGAGGAAGACGCUGUGAGAAAGCAUGUCUCCCGGGCUCAUACGGUCUGAAGUGCCUGCAGCGCUGCUCUUGUCCACAGGGAUCAUCAUGUCAUCAUAUAACUGGAAACUGUGGCUGUCCUGCCGGCUUUACCGGUCACGGCUGUGAACAGAUUUGUCUCCCCGGCACGUUUGGCAUUGACUGUAAUCAGGUGUGUCAGUGUUCAGAGAGAAACCAGCUGUGUCAUCCAGUGUCUGGAAAAUGUUACUGCGCACCGGGAUUCAAAGGGCCAACGUGUGAACUUAAGUGUGCUGAAGGUUUCUAUGGGCCUGACUGUGCGCGUCAGUGUCAGUGUUUGAAUGGAGGUGUUUGUGACGCUGUCUCCGGCUCCUGUAGAUGUUCACCUGGUUUCAUCGGUGCCAAAUGCAACCUGACGUGUCCGGCUGGGCGUUACGGGCCAGACUGCGCUCAUGUGACGGUCUGUGGGAAGGGUGCGAGCGUUGAUCCGGUCACGGGCAGAUGUAUCUGUACAUCAGGACAUCAUGGAGAAAACUGUGAUAAAGGCUGCGCUUCAGGCUGGUUUGGUUCAGAUUGCUCACAGCGAUGUAAAUGUAACAGUCGAGGUCUUUGUGAUGCUGUUACUGGAAACUGUUCAUGUGCUCUCGGGUGGACUGGACAACAUUGUGAGAAAGAAUGUCCUGAAGGUAGAUUUGGUCCUGAUUGUGCACUGGAGUGUGUUUGUCAGAAUAACAGCACCUGUGACAGAGUAACUGGCACCUGUCAGUGUAAAGCAGGAUAUUACGGACAACGUUGUGAACAUGUGUGUCCUGCUGGUCUGUAUGGAGCGCAGUGUUCACAGCGGUGUGAUUGUGUUAAUGAUGCUCAGUGUCAUCCGAGCACAGGCUUGUGUCUCUGUGCCGCAGGCUUUCACGGUUCUCGCUGCGAGAAAGAAUGUGAGCAUGGCAGGUUUGGUCUGAACUGUUCUCAGUCAUGUGACUGUGCAGAUGGUGGAUCAUGUGACCCAGUGAGCGGCAGGUGCAUCUGUCCUUCAGGAAAAACUGGAGCCAAGUGUGACACUGACUGCAGUAUGAACCGGUUCGGUCCUGACUGCGCUCUGAUGUGUGAAUGUGAAAAUGGAUCUCAGUGUGAUGGCAGAAACGGCCGCUGCACGUGUUUAAAUGAAUGGAUUGGUCUCACCUGUUCAGAACGUGGACCUCUACAGCUGGACCACAGAAAUUUAGAUGAAGAUCAGUCACGAUCCAUCAGUUUAUAGCAUCAACAAACCUGUGUCCUAAAAAGAGGAAACUAAAGGAAAGCACAAUGUUUUUAAAAACUAUUGAACCUCUUCAACUUUGUCUGGAUGUGAAAGUGAGGAACACUUUCAAGAAACAAACAGUUGGACAUCAUUGGCUUUGACUUGUGAUGUAUUGUGAGUUUGUUUCCAAUGUGGGUCAUCUGCUUUGUCAAAAAUAUGCAAAUCAUAUCGAGAGGAUUUACAAGCACUCAAGACCAAACCAAACGGUGAUUGUUACUUUACUCUGAGCGGUCAAGAAAUGCAAACGGGUGUCCAUUGUGUGCUGUUGAUUGUAGUCUAUACUUGAUGAUUUGUCAUUCUUUCAGGGUAUGUAUUUUAUUAUUAUUGUCUGUGUUUAUAGAGCUGUUUUGAUAAAAAGGCCUGAAUCACAUUUCACACAGAGUAAAUUGAAAACCAAGUGCCUUUUUAUUUUAAUACUUUUACAAGAAUACUUCUCGUCUGUGAGCUGUUUAGGGCAGUGGUUCUCAAACUGGGGGCCAUGUGUACUUAAAUCUCAGAAAAAUACUAACCAGCAGUACUACAUUGUAUAAUUGAAUAUAUUUUGUUUAAUUCAAAUUUAAUGUUGUAUUUAAUACAUUUUCUUUGGGUGGCCACCAUACACAAGGGGGGCGGAAGGCCGAAAAAGUUUGAGAACCACUGGUUUAGAGCUCAAGACUCAAAAAUGUUUAAUAUUUCAUCUACAAAAAUCAACUUUAUAAGAAGUUGAAUAAAAUGGUAAAAUAUUUCCAACCUCUAUUUGUUUUACCUCAAUGACAGACCGAUGCCUUUAUGAAGAUGUUUGAUAUGCACAUGAAGUGAUUUUUCACAAUGUUAGAAACGGUGCUAUAUUGCUUUGGAACUUCUGGUGCUUGUAUUUUUUUGUACACUGAUGUUCUUUGUUUCAUUGCUUGAGAUUCGGUGUAGUUUUAUUUAUAUUUUGUAAAAUACAACAUUGUACAUUUUAAAUAAAGCCUAUAAUGUGUGAAUUGCGUUAAAAUAAACAAGUUUUCACGUAUGCAGUUUUGGCUACAUACUAAUUGAAAAGCAAUCCACUGCUUAGUGUGCACUACAUUGUGUAGCCAUACCCAGGCAAAAAAGUACACGGAGUAAAUGUACUAUUUUCAUGCACUGACUUAUUUCGUUACUAAAGAUACAAUUCUAAGUG